AUGGCACUACCGGUGGCAGGCGGGGACGAUUACCCGCCGUUCCGUCCCUCGGGCGGCCCCUACUACCCGGCCAAGCGGCGCCCCAUAGAUGCCGUCGACGAUGACGAAUUAUACUACUCUCGGCACAAGAGGCCGAAAUACGUUCAGCAGGCCCAGUUCGCCGGCCCGGUCGCCUUCAAGGCGGCCGAGCCACCACUCAACAACUACCCACCGGUUCACCACCCACAUCCACACCACUCACACCAUUCACACCAUCCAUGCCACCCACACCACCGCUACCCCUCUCCGCGGCCUCAUGUUCCCUCACCAGAACCGGUCGGUAUCGCCGCUGCCCCGGCGAUGGAACGCACCGCCUCCGGCCACUCCAUCCGGCCUGACGCAACCGAGGGGUGGGCCUUGACCGAGCUCCUGGAGGACCGGGACGCCGCCCAGCGCGUACGCGACCACCUCGCCACCUUCCGCCGGCGCAACCCGGACUCCAAGCACGAGCGCAUCCUCCGGAGCAUCAUCAACCCGCGGCCCCGGCGCCACCCGCGCCACCACUCCCACCACCACUCCCGCUCCCACUCCCGCAACUCCCACCACUUCCCCGACAGCAGCAGCAGCAGCAGCAACACCACCACCACCAACCCCAAUCUCAACCCCACCCCCACCGGCAACAGCGGCGAGGAGGACAGCGAGUACCCGCUCGACAACGACGCGCUAGAAUCCAUCUUCUCCGCCGCCAACGAGAUCUUCUUCAACGGGCGGCUCAGCCAGCGGGUCGCGUGGGACUGGUCGCACGCCUCGUCGGCGCGCUACGACAGCCGGGUGAUCGGGACGACGGCGCUGCGGCGGGCGGCCGCCCACACGCGCGGCUUCGAGACGCUGAUCGUGCUGUCGGCGUCCAUCCUGCGCGAUGGCGGGUUCAGUAGGAGGCUGCUGAUCAGUACGUUUCUGCACGAGCUGAUUCAUUGUUAUUUGUUUAUUUGCUGUGGGUUUCGGGCAAGGUGGGAGGGGGGGCAUACGGACGGGUUUCGGGAGAUUGCGGGGCUGAUUGAUGAGUGGGUUGGGGAGGGCGGUGGGUUGUAUCUGAGGAGGGUGGAGGCGGAUUUGGAUCUGUUUCGGGUGGGUGGUGGGUGUAGUGGGCGGGGGGGCUGUGAGGGGGAAGGGGGUGUGCCUCUCGUGGAUGAUCGCGGGGAGAGGGGGGACGGGGGAGAUGGGAGAUUUGGGAUGGCGCCGAAUGUUUACCCGUGUUCGGGCAUGGCUGCCGAGCAGGAGGAGUAUACUGUUACUGCUUCUGCGGCUGCUGUCGCGGCGUUUCCAAGUCCUGCAACUCAGGAGGCGGUGUAUUUUGGGACCGGCGGGGGUAAUGGGCCGGUUGCGGGCCAGGAGACGGUGUAUUACGGUCGGGGCUCUCCCAGUCCUAGACCCGGCACCCCUACCCGCGAGCUGGUGUACUUUGGGCGUGGCUCCCCGAGUCCCAGGCCUGGUACUCCUACCCGGGAGAUGGUGCAAUACGGCGACCGCGCUCUGAGCAGCAGCGGAAGCAACGGCAGCAAUGUGUGGUGGAGGCAUCGCCGAGCAGGUCGGCCCCUUUACGUUUACAGUGGCGACGACUCUUCGCCGUCCUACGUUUAUACGCAUCCGACGGGGCAGAGGCCAUGA